AUGCCGCCUUUAUGGACCCCGACGCCAUCCCCGACCCCGACCCCCGACUCUCAGGACCCCUUACCCCGACCCCCGACCCCCGCCGACCCCGACUCAGGGCCCAGACUCCAACCUCACCUACAGUUACUAGACCAUUAUGAAUCCCGCCACAUUUACAUCACCACCGCCACUACCAUUCUCACCACCACAAGCGCUCCUACCAUUACCAUAGCACCGCCAUCACUACCAUUCUCACCACCAACUACUACACCCGUUCCUACCAUUACCAAAGCACCACCAUCACUACCAUUCUCACCACCAAACCACAACCGCUCCUACCAUUACCAUAGCACCACCACCACUACCAUCCUCACCACCACCUACCACAACCGCUCCUACCAUUACCAUAGCACCUCACUACCAUCCUCACCACCACUACCACAACGCUCCUACCACUACCACAGCACCACCACCACCGCCAUAAUCAAUAUCAUUGAAAACCUGCUUCAACUCACACCCCUCUGA